AUGGACAGCGAAAAUGCAAGAUACGCUGACGACAAACUUCACCAAUCUGAUUUGGGAAGUCUUUUGCCUUUGAAUGAUGGCGACGCGCAACUGGCUCUCAACGCUUCCCGGAGAAAGUUGAAACUUCUCAUUUCCGUCAAUAUCGUGCUAUCUUUUAUUUUACUGUGUGGAAUAUUUAUUGGAACACUUCAGAGACUCAUAGACUUGGGAGACAAGAAUCUCUAUCUCAAAAAGGUGACAGCAGAUUCACCUAUGUUUGACAAGCUCGAUGUGAGACUUGAAAUCAAGCAAAUGGAGGCAACACUCUUGACGCCAGAGCCGGCACCGAUUUUCCGCCAACCCCCUAGUCCAGAGGUUGACGCCGCAUGGGACAGACUCGCCAAUGUUCGUCCAAUUCCAAUCACACGUAAAGACGUUAUACUAUUGGGGAAAGAUCCAGAUCAAGCUUCAAAGUUCCCCGAAAGCUUCGGCUUUGGACGUGAUGCUUACAUAGGUCGACUAGACGUUUUUCAUGUCAUACACUGUCUUGAUCAAGUCAGAAGAGAGGCACAUUUUGAGCAUUACUACGGCAAACACUGGGGCAAUUCUGGAAACGCGUCUGAGCUUCACAAGAUACAUCUGUCGCAUUGCUUCCAUAUUCUUCUACAGAAUUUGAUGUGCGCACCCAACUUGGAUAUCUAUACCCAUUUCUGGGCUGAUGCACAACUUAAUGCGUUUCCUGAUUUCAAUGUCAAUCACCAAUGUAUCGACUUUGAACAGUUGCUAAAGUGGCAGGAAGAACAUUCAGUACCGGUUGAUGACUUUGGGGCCAUAAGACGGCCUGAUGACUACAAACCGCACAUCAUGACACCGAAAUUCAAGGAGCUUUUUGGGUAUGAGGGACCAGGACGGUAUGUCGGGGAUGAGAUUGCUUGA